AUGUCCGACUCCCCUCCGCCUCCCUCAUCAUGGAGCAUCGGCAACAUGACCAACAGCGCUGUACAAUUCCUCCGACUGCCCGUUCUAGCUUCAUCCGGCCUGGCCGUCAUCGCAAGUGGACUCUUAUACUUUAAGCAAAAUGAAUUGAUAUACCCCCGCAACGUCCCAGUCGACGCGCGCACAAACGUCCCGAGUCCCCGACAAUUCGGCAUAACCGACUUUGAAGAUCUGCAGAUUCCGACUCCGGAUGGCGAAUCGCUGCAUGCGCUGCUCCUGCGGCCACCCAAGACUCGUUAUCGGCGCAAUCUGACGGUGAUAAUGUUCCACGGAAACGCUGGCAAUAUCGGGCAUCGGGUCCCCAUCGCCAAGGCAAUUCAGGAUACGUUACAAUGUAAUGUGUUUAUGCUUGAAUAUCGUGGGUAUGGAAUGUCGACGGGUACGCCCGACGAGGCUGGUUUGAAAAUCGAUGCGCAGACGGGUCUGGAUUAUCUGCGGCAACGGGUUGAGACGAGGGAUGACAAGUUUGUUGUUUAUGGGCAGAGUCUGGGUGGUGCGGUUUCUAUCAAUCUUGUCGCGACCAAUCAAGAACAUGGUGAUAUUGGGGGGUUGAUCUUGGAGAAUACCUUUUUGAGUAUUCGCAAGUUGAUUCCUAGUAUAUUCCCGCCAGCACGGUACCUGGCUCGCUUGUGCCAUCAGUACUGGACAAGCGAGGACGUGCUACCAAAGAUCUCCAAGGUGCCGAUCCUCUUCCUGAGUGGAUUGAAAGAUGAGCUUGUACCUCCAUCCAAUAUGACCCAACUAUUCGCCGUGUGCAAGUCAGAAACCAAGAUCUGGCGCACGCUACCAAAUGGAGGCCACAACGACUCCGUGGCUGAACCGGGCUACUUUGAACAUAUCCACUCCUUCAUUAUGGAGGAAGUUAUGAGCGAGUAG